UGUAUGCAGUUCAUACAUGAUUAUGCUAUAAUAGGAGAAGAAGAGAAUGAACCAAAAUUGAUCAAUCCAUAACCAUUAAAUUAACAUUUCUAAAACUUUUCCAAUCUUUUGUAAGCUUAAAAAGAAAGAUAAAAAUCCAAAAUAUUUAUGCCUUUAGAUUUGAAUAUGAUCAAUUAAUCAUAAAAUGGAUAUAAAUCUUCUGCUCGUUUAAGUCCUAGAAGUUAUUUUACAAAUAAAUAAGUUCCUAGUGUCGAUAAAAUAAUGUAGAAAAUGGCAAUUAAACAUGUUUCACAUCAUCAAGUUCCAACUAAAAAAGAAGAAUUCUAUGAAAGAUAAAUUAGAUGGUUAAAUUAGAUAAAAUAAACAAAUAAAGUUAAAAAUCAACAUAAACUUAAUUAAGAAAUAUAGAAUUGUCCAUUCAAACCUUAUACAAGUCCUUAACAGAACAUUAACAAAGAAAAAUUAAAAGAAAAUUCAAAAAGCAUUCUGAGUCCCUAACCAUUUAAGAAACCUAAUAAAAGAAAUAAUUCUUAUACUAAAAUUCAUUUAGCAAAGAAAUAGAGUUUUGGUUGA